CCGGAAGUUGUAUUUAUUUUAAACACUACAGUUAGUGCGCGUGGUCAGGAUGGAACAAGACUUAGCCGGGGAGAUCUGCUGCUAACAGGUCCCCUCCUGGCCAGCUUCCCUCCACUCACACUCCUUCCAUUAACACUCUUAACCUCCCUCAGAGAGGGCUCAGCCCGUCAUACACACACAUUCUCCACUCCAACCCACACACGGGUACACUUUCCACAAACACACACUUUCACCUCAUCAUCAGCAUCAUGCUGAGACAGGACUUCUUGCAGAAGCUGAGGUUGCCAGAGCUGGAUGAUGUCAGCCAGUACAUCAGGAGUGUCUCCACCCCCCUGUUGGUCAGCUUUGGGGCGGUGGCUGCUGCGACAACCUACUACCUGGCAACACGGCCCAAGGCCCUCCCACCGGUGUGCGACCUCAGCAUGCAGUCUGUUGAAGUUCCGGGCGGAGAGUUGGCACGCCGAUCAGUUCUGCUGAAAGGAGACGCUAACAUAACACAUUUCUACGAAGACGCCACAACAAUGUACGAGUGCUUCCUCAGAGGGAUCCGAGUCUCCAAUAACGGCCCCUGUCUGGGCUCCAGGAAACCAAAACAGCCGUAUGAAUGGAUGUCCUACAGAGAGGUAAUGGAGCGAACAGAAAAUCUGGGUUCAGCAUUUCUUCACAAAGGACACUCCAAGACGACAGACCCCCACAUCGGCAUCUUCUCUCAGAACAGACCCGAGUGGACCAUCAGUGAGCUGGCGUGUUACACCUAUUCCCUGGUGUCGGUCCCUCUUUACGACACACUGGGAACAGAAGCCAUCGGCUACAUUGUAGACAAAGCUUCCAUCUCGACUAUAGUGUGUGACGUGGCAGAUAAAGUCAACCUGGUGCUGGACUGUGUUCAGGACAGGAAACACUCUGUGAAAACCAUUGUUCUGAUGGAGACCCCCAGUGCUGACCUGGUCAGCAGGGGGCAACAGGCUGGAGUCCACAUCCUCAGCCUGCAGGAGAUGGAGACUAUCGGGAAGGCCAACCAUCGGCAACCAUUGCCUCCGCGCCCUGAGGACAUGGCUCUCAUCUGCUUCACCAGUGGAACAACAGGAAAUCCAAAGGGAGCUAUGUUGACACACAGGAAUGUUGUGUCCAACUGCUCGGCCUUCAUCAAAAUGACAGAGUCUAACGCUCAGACCACCUCAGAGGAUGUCCUGCUGUCCUUUCUCCCUCUGGCCCACAUGCUUGAGAGGGUGGUGGAGGGAGUGAUGAUAGUGCAUGGAGCCAGGAUUGGCUAUUUCCAGGGAGAUAUCCGUCUGCUGUCAGAUGACCUGAACACACUGAAACCGACUGUGUUUCCUGUGGUACCCCGACUCCUAAACAGAAUGUAUGAUAAGAUCUUUGGGCAGGCCAACACCACUCUGAAGCGCUGGCUGCUGGGGUUUGCCUACAGGAGGAAGGUGGCCGAGAUGAUGAAAGGCAUCGUGAGGACAGACAGCAUCUGGGAUCGACUCAUCUUCCGGAAGGUUCAGGCCAGCCUCGGAGGUCGCGUGCGUCUCAUGCUGACAGGAGCUGCUCCCGUCUCCCCGACCGUCCUCACCUUCCUCAGAGCUGCAAUAGGCUGUCAGUUCUAUGAAGGUUAUGGACAAACAGAGUGUACUGCUGGAUGCUCCAUGACCAUGCCCGGGGAAUGGAAUGCAGGUCACGUUGGAGCUCCUCUGCCCUGUAACUCAGUUAAAGUGGUGGAUGUGCCUGAGAUGAACUACCUGGCUAUAAACGGGGAGGGAGAGGUGUGUGUGAAGGGUCCUAACGUGUUCCAGGGCUACCUGAAGGACCCAGAAAAGACUGCGGAGGCUAUCGACGCUGAUGGAUGGCUUCACACUGGAGACAUUGGAAAAUGGCUUCCUAAUGGCACGCUGAAGAUCGUGGACAGGAAGAAGCACAUCUUUAAGCUGGCACAGGGGGAAUACAUUGCUCCGGAAAAGUUAGAGAAUGUGUACACGAGGAGCGACGCAGUGUGUCAGGUCUUUGUGCACGGAGACAGUCUGCAGGCGUGUCUGGUAGCUGUGGUGGUUCCGGACCCUGACUUCCUGUCUGGCUGGACCAAGAGGACCCUGGGACUGGAGGGCAGCUUCCUGGAACUGUGUAGCAGAGCGGAAGUCAAGGCAGCCAUCUUUGAGGACAUGGUGCGACUGGGCAAGGAAGGAGGCCUUAAGUCCUUUGAGCAGGUGAAGUCCAUCUACGUCCACACCGAGAUGUUCUCGAUUGAAAACGGCCUGCUCACCCCGACACUGAAAGCCAAGAGGAACGAAAUGCGACACUACUUCAAAUCCCAGAUGGAAGAGCUGUACGCUGGGAUCAAUAUGUAGGAGAGCAAAAUGGACAACAAGCUCUGUUGUUAGAUAAAGGGAAAAGGAAUAGGGGAGCACAAGCUAAAGCGCACACACAGGGAAGCAAAUGAAGAGAUCCUCUCACACCAAAAUCAACAUGUUGAGUCCUCACGGCCACUAACUCUGGAAACAACAGAAAACUGCUUUUUAAUGGAACUUGAUUCAGAGCAUUUAGAACAAAAUCUCACUGCAAUACAAGAAGGUCUAUUCUAGUCUUUGCUAUGUGCAGUACAACUUCUGUGAUCUAAUAAUCAGCUAUUGUGUGAUAAUAUCUCCAUUGGAGGUGUUUUUUAAAAGGGAAAUUUCAAAGUGCAGCUCUGUAGCAUCAGUCAUCUCAGGAGUUUAGACACUACCUCUGACACACACACACACACACACACACACACACACACACACACACACACACUCACACACACUCCAAGGAUAGAGAAAGAAGACUGAAACAAUUCAGGUCUUUGAUGAGAUUUUUUUGUCAGAUGUCUUGAUUAUAUUUGACUAUGUUUUUUCAGUAGAAAGUUGAAAUUCACAAUUGAUAUCGAGAUUGUUUCUUUUCUUGAAUAAGCUUGGGUCCAAUUAGAACCCAGGGAACAUUCAGAGUGAGCCAUAUUAAAGAUGAUCUUAACAAAGCUAGCAGGUACUAAAACAUGGUAACAGAUACUGUCAAUGUUUUUAUUUAUUUAUGAAGGGAAGAGAUUUGUUGAAGGAAUUCAUUUUCUUAAAUUAUUAUAAUAUACUGCUGUAGGGGAAAACUAUAGAUUUCCAAAUAAAAAAUUUCACAACCUGAUUUUAAAUCCUUUAAAAAUGUUUAUAGUCAAAGGCGUCUUGCUACAAUCGCUUUUAUUGUCAUAUCAGAUUUGUUUUGUAAAAAAUGUAAUAAAAAAAUGAUCAGCAGAGCUGUGUGAUCUCAAGUAUUUGCUUCAUCUGGGCUUGUGUGUUCAGAAAAAACUAUUGAAAUAGGUAGUUCAGUUUUAGUGUG